AUGUCCUCUUUCGAGACGGUACCUUCGGCAGCUGAGGCCCAGACAAACGGUCGAGGACAAAAACACCACCACAUAUGGCUGGUUUCGGGCCCGGCUGGGUGCGGCAAGACAACAUUGGCCGAGUACCUGGAAGAUGCGCUCGAGAUGCCCUAUAUUGAAGGCGAUUUGUACCACACCCAAGCCAACGUAGAAAAGAUGCGUAGCGGCAUCCCGUUAACAGACGCAGACCGCUGGGACUGGCUUAUCGUACUCCGCGACGAGUUUAUGCGACAAGUCGAAGGAGGGUCCGAGGGCGUCGUUGUGACUUGCUCAGCCCUUAAGCGCAAGUAUCGGGAUGUGAUCCGAGUCGCGGUGUGCUACAACCACAACAUACUUGUUCACUUCCUAUUCUUGGACGCGCCCGCGGAGGUGCUGCUCCACCGGGUCACGAAGCGGCAGGACCACUACAUGAGACCCGAUAUGGUUCAGAGUCAGCUUGAUAUCCUCGAAUGGCCUACCGAGGACGAGAGGGAUAUGGUCACUAUUGAUGGGAGCCGUAGCAUCGAAGAGGUCAAGCAGUACGUUUGGGCAUGGGUGUCUGACAUUACAAAGGCAGACCACUAA